AUGGUUUCCAUUCGCUCCUUGUUCUUGACUCUCUCGACCAUUGGUCCCUGUCUGGCUGCGCCCGCGAUCGGGCCAGCUGAGUUGCUGCCUCCCCAUGUUGAGAGACGCGGCCCAUCAGACUUCUUCCUGGGACCCGACCAUCCCCUCAUGCUCGCACGCCGCAACGAGUCUCUCGAAAGACGCGGCAUGACACUUGAGGAGCGCACCAACUAUGUCCAAAACUACCAUACCGGCGGCACUGUCAACUUCACACCCUCGGGCAACAGCUUCAGUCUCAACUUCGACACGACAGACGAUUUCGUUGUCGGCGUGGGUUGGAAUCCCGGUUCUACCGCUCCCAUCACUCACUCCGGUUCAUUCGCCGUCACCAAGGGACUCGCGACCCUUUCAGUCUAUGGCUGGACUACCAACCCGCUUGUGGAGUACUACGUGAUUGAGGACUCUGCCGGAUACUCUCAGACCGGGACGAAGAAGGGCACUGUGACCAGCGACGGCGGCUCCUACACCGUCUGGGAGAACGUGCGCACCAACGCCCCUUCAAUCCAGGGCACCACGACCUUCAAUCAAUACAUCUCGGUUCGCAAUAGCGGCAUUCCAAGCGGCACUGUCACUAUUGCCAACCACUUCAACGCUUGGAAGAGCUACGGCAUGAACUUGGGUACACUCAACUUCCAGGUCAUUGCUGUCGAGACCUGGAACGGUUCUGGCUCGGCAAAGCAGACUGUUACCAACUAG